GACGUCAGAAAUUUUGCCGACGGUGGCCGACCCUCUGCCGACGGAGACCCGACGGUGAUGGUUUCCUGGGAUCGUUCAGGAGGCGCCGUAACAAAUGCAACGCCCGACCCACGACCAUCGCCAUCAGCAGCAACAACACACGAGGACGAGGCAAAGUAGAAAAAGCUAUCCCUAUAAAACACUCCGAAAGAAGGAGAAGACCAUAAAACACUCAAGAAGAAGAAGAGGACUGAAGGAAAGGCAGGAAAUAAGGAACCAAGAAAAAGAAAACAAAAGGAAGGACGCAAACAAGAAGGAAAGACAGCUACGUAGUUAGAAAGGAGGAAACAAGCAAGGAGAAAACGCAGCUUGUUAGAAAGUAGGAAACAACAGGAAAUAAGCAAGCAAACAAGAAGGAAAGACAGCUACUUAGAAAGGAGGAAACAACAGGAAAUAAGAAAGCAAACAAGAAGGAAAGACAGCUAGUUAGAAAGUAGGAAGCAACAGGAAAUAAGCAAGCAAACAAGAAGGAAAGGCUGCUAGUUAGACAGGAGGAAGCAACAGGAAAUAAGCAAGCAAACAAGAAGGAAAGACAGCUGGUUAGAAAGUAGGAAACAACAGGAAAUAAGCAAGCAAACAAGAAUUAAAGACAGCUAGUUAGAAAGUAGGAAACAACAGGAAAUAAGCAAGCAAACAAGAAGGAAACGCAGCUUGUUAGAAAGUAGGAAACAACAGGAAAUAAGCAAGCAAACAAGAAUUAAAGACAGCUAGUUAGAAAGGAGGAAACAACAGGAAAUAAGAAAGCAAACAAGAAGGAAAGGCAGCCAGUUAGAAAGGAGGAAACAACAGGAAAUAAGCAAGCAAACAAGAAUUAAAGACAGCUAGUUAGAAAGUAGGAAACAACAGGAAAUAAGCAAGCAAACAAGAAGGAAAGGCAGCUAGUUGAGAAAGCAAGGAAAGGAAAUAACGGAAGCAAGCAAGCAAGAAGGAAAGGAAGGCAGCAAGAACGAAGGAAAGGCAGGCAAGCAAGAGGAAAGUUAGCCAUUACAGUAUCAACAUGGCCGGCUCGGUGGCGCCCGUGUGUGUGGUGCGGCAGUACAGCCCCAAGGACAAGGCAGCGGUGCAGGACAUAAUGGGCCAAGCCAUAAUGGAGACCGUCAUGGAAUACUUUUGGGCUGCCGUCCUCUCUGAAGUGUCCCCGCAGGUUGCUCUUUUGGUAAUUGCUUUUGCCUUCAUUGGUCUUGGAGUGCCCUUCUACUUCUGCCUGCUUGGAAUCCCCGCAGCUGUCGUCAUCAUAUAUGUUGUGGUCUGGGCGGCUCACAUGUCCAGGGUUCUUGAGGUGAACCAGGAGCUGGGUAACAUCCCGCAGUUGUUUCUUCAGCAGCCUAGUGGAAAUUUUUGGGUGGCAGAGGUGAUGGAAACCUCAGAAUCAUGUGAGCUUGAUUCUCUGAUAAACAAGACCAAAAAGGUUGAGUAUCAGUUCAUGAGUGAGGAUGAGGCCAGGGCCAAACAGGCAGAGCUGGAGGGCCUCAAAAGACAUGUGGUGGGCAUGGUGGGGGUUACCAAGUCCCUGAGAGGUGGCAUGAGGAAUAGGCUAAAGCAUUUAGUGGUCAAAAAGGCUUACAGGCGCCGCGGCAUUGCCCAGGGUCUUGUGGAUGAAGCAGUACAGUUCUCCACUGACCACUGCAUGGAGGGGAUUGAAUUAGUUACUACAGAAUGUCAUCACAAGGCAAGGGAAUUAUUCUACAGAAAAGGGUUUGAAGUCCAGCACACCUACUACAAGUACUACCUUAAUGUCCAGCAACCCGUGUACCUCUUCAGCUUACCUUUGAAGCCUCCUAAGGCUGAGUUAUCAGAAAUUUCUUCCACCUAGUUUUCAUUUAAAUGUCCAAGGAAUUUCAGGGGCAUUGAAAAGUAGAACUUUGACCCUUUUGAAAUCUUCCACUUGCUGUCUUUCACAGACAUUGACAUUGAUAUUUCUGGAGCAAUGUCAAAGUAAACCUAAUUUAUAAAGAUAUUAUUAAGAAUCUCAGAAGGGCACCAUUCCUGAUAUGAAUGAUGCUAAUGGUUUCUUUGUAUUCAGUAUUUCAUGUUUGAUACAGGAACACUUCCAAUGUAUAUUUUGGUGAGUAUUAUACUAUGACAAAGGGCUUGUUUAAAAUAUUGUACAUGAGGUCUUUAAAUACUUAGCGCAUGAAAACUUAAACCACAAAGUCUUUCAGAGACACAAUCAGAGUCUAAAAUGUAGUCGGGAACACUUCAUUGUUGUCAUAUGUUAUUUUGAGGAAAGUGAUUUCAGAGGUAUGUAUUUGGGAUGCUCCAUUUUGAAAAUUUGUCAGAAAUCUCAAGCAUAGGUUUGUGAGUGUUACAUUGCUUUGCAUCUUUUAGAGAAUCAACUUUUGGACCAAAUAGUUUAAUUCAUUCAUUCAUUUCAUCGACGCCUGCUCCUAGGAGCUCCCACCAGGGGAUGGCCACGGCAGAAGUGCUUCCAACUUUCUCUAUCCAGACACUCCCUCCUUGCCUGCUCAAAGUCUCUCAAAGAUCUUUCCCUCCUCUCCCUGAUGUACUCUUGCACCCUAUCCCUCCAUUUUACUGGAGGUCGUCCUCUAGCAUUCCCUCCCUCUAUCUCACUCACAUACCUAACCUAUAGUUUAAGAAUUUUGUAAUAAGUAAUAUGAAAUAAUAGGGAGAGUGGUGACGUCAGAUACAUGGACGUGGAAUGCAGCACAGUAACAGAGAAUACAUGCAGUGGAAAUGAGUUAUAAAAGAGAUGCUUGUGGUGUUUCAGGAUGGGAUGGAGACAGUAAUAAAGGGGGGAUGAGACGCUAGGUAUGGGUGUGACACCAAAGGGGGUGGAUUGUGGAGUGGUUGAAUGGGAGAAGUGUGAUAAGCGGAGAUAUUUUGGACACGAAGAGAAUGAAUAUGUGGGGAGUGUGUAUGAGGGAAGGAUUGAGGGAGGGGGUGGCAGGGGAAGCUCACCCAUGAAGUGAAUCAAUAGGGUGAGUAUGUGAGUGAAGGAGCUGGAAGUAGCAGGAUUGAGUGUGCUGAGAGGGAGUGCCAGAACGGGGAGAAAUGGAGACACUUAUACAGUGGCUACCCCUUGGAGGGAAGUUCUCAUGAGGGAACAGUUCGUUGAAGAAAUAGAUAGAUCGCUGGACAUAUGAGGAGAAGAGGAGAAGAACACAUCCUGAGAUAUGCACUGACCACCAGGAAGGCCAAGGAAGACGUGGAGAAAGGUGGUGGAGGAUGAUAUGAGGAGCCUGAACAUCACGGAAGAAAUAGGUAUGGACCGGCAACAGUGGAGGAGGCUCAUAUCCCGUCCAACCCCAUCAUAGGGAAUAAAUGGACGUUAAACGAUGAUGAUGAUGAUGAUCCCACUGUUCAAAUCAUCACUGCUAUCCCAUAUACUGUGAUGCUGGUUGUUCAAAGUGUACUUUUAUAAAAUAUGAACAUUGUUGUUGUUAGACUGUACUUUUAAUUUCAAUUUUGUUAGCAUCUCAGUGCAAGUAAACUGAUUCAUCAAGGAUAUUUUACUUAUUUGUUUAUUUUCUUAUGUAUUAACUUAUACUUUGUUGCUCAUCUCUAAUGAUAUUUUUGUUCAAUGAUUCGUGUCCAUAUUCUUUGAUAUUGAAAUAGGCAACAUAAACAUAUAUGGAAAGCAUCUGUGUGGGGGAGAAGAACUGGCGGAGAUGAUACAGAACGUCCAACCUCAAGGAAGCUGAUUUAAUAAGAGAGGAGAUGUGAAGUUUCCGGUUGAGAUCUUGAGGUAAAGGAAAGGCACAAAGGGAGGGGAAGGUCAUUAACCCAGAUGUAUUUACUUAUUUGGCCACAUGUGAAACAGAACACCCACCUCCCUUUUUAUGCCAAUCAUUUUAUGUGAAUAUUUACAGAUAUUUUGACAGCUCAUAAAUUUUCUGGGUUCUCUAACUAACAAUGUAGACUGCUGAGAACUAGUACAGGUAACUUGAUUUACACGAGUAUUGUGUCCUUGAAGAAGUCGCGUAAAUCAAAAACAAUAAAUCAAACAAGAGGUUGGUUUGUACCUUUAUUGCCUACUGUAUCACUCUGACUCCUCUCCCUCGUGGUUCCUCCUCUGGCUGCCCUUCCCCUCGUGGUAGCACAGCAGCGAGGGUGUUGUUGUUGUUGAGUAGCGUGGCAGCGUAGGUACUGUAUUGUUGUUCAAGUGGUGCACGGGAAGAACUGAACUCAGCUGUGUGGCCGCGGCGCCGUGUGAGUCCAGUUGCGUGAGACAUCUGGUGGCCACUCCAUAAAAUAUCGCAUAUAAGUGAAAAAAACGUGUAAAUUACUAAACAUUUAUUUGGAUUUUGGACCCCGCGUUAUUUCAAAAACGCGUAAACCAAACUCGCGUAAAUCGAGAGUUACCUGUAUGAUUCUGCAGCAAAUUUUUAUCUUUUUUCAAAUGUUUGAUAUAAAUUGUUGUGGGGACUAUAUUUUUUCAUGAAAAAUGAGGACUACCUGUGAA